UACUGUUGAAUUAUUGUGAGUUCACUUCAGUGAGCUGCAGACAGCCAAACACAGAUCACAGUCUCAGCUACAGCAGUGCACUGUUAACUUGAGGAAGGAAAGGUGUCAUUAUGCUGUUGAAAUCAGCUCCUAUGUGAGUUUACAGAGUGUAGGAACAGUCUGUGUUGAGGAUCCUGGUGACAUAUUGUGUUGAUGUUGAUCCUUUUAGCUGCCCGGCCUCCUCAGACUCUCAGCUGCUUACAGCACAAGAGGAUUAGUUUCCCUGCAGGAGGGUCAGAGAGCAGCAGGCAGAGAGGAAAAAUGUGGAAGCAGAGAAUGGACGUGUUCAUGCUGCUGCUGGUCUGGGGGCUGCUGGUUGGGCCAGUGCUGGCUCAGGUCCGGCACCCUCUGCCUGUGCUGUGGAUGAUGCCCGUCAGCUCUGAAGGGGGGGGGGGCCUGACCGCCGGUGUGGCCCCUGCUGUCAGACUGGCUCUGCAGGACCUGAAAAAACAACCGCCGCCGCUGGGAAACUAUGAGAUCCAGCUGCAGCUGCUCGACUCACAGUGUGAAGCGUCUUCGGGACUCAAAGCUCUGUUUGACGCCAUGUGGGCGGGGCCAAAGUACCUGCUGGUGUUUGGAGGGGUGUGUCCGUCUGUGACGAUGCUCAUCGCUCGCUCUCUGCCAGCUCUCAACCUGGUGCAGGUAUCCUUCGCAGCCACGCCCCCCAGCCUGUCCAACAGGAAGUGGUAUGGGAACCUGUUCAGCACUGUGCCGUCAGACCGAGCUCUGAACCAGGUCACCGUGAAGCUGCUGCAGCGCUACAAGUGGACCAGAGUCAGCAUCGUCACACAGGAAGGACCCAGACACUCAGAGAUGAAGAAGGAUCUGAUCAGACAGCUGCUGAAGGCCGACGUUCAGGUUGUUUCCACAGUGAGUUUCUAUGACGAUGCCUGCAGCAGCCUGAAGAAGCUGAAGGAACGUGACAUUCGGAUUAUCAUCGGACAGUUUGAGGAUGAUUCUGCUUCUGAGGUUUUCUGCUGUGCCUACAGACUGAACCUGUUUGGAGCUCGGUACCAGUGGAUCGUCGCUGGAGGAGGAACAGCUGGAUGGAGGUUGGGCUGGCAGGUUUCUGGCUGCACUGCCAACAAUCUCCUGACGGCUGCAGACGGAUCCAUCAGGCUGCAGAUCCGACAGCUCAGCAGCACAAACGCACCGGGAGUCUCCGGACGGACUCCACAAAACUACCAGGAUGCGUACCUCAGAGAGCUGAUCCAGGAGAGGUCGAAGGUCAGCCCCCUCCACGCCUUUGCCUACGACGCUGUUUGGGUUGCUGCCAAAGCUCUCAGCCAGGUGAUGGAGGCGGUGAAACACCGAGAGAAGUACAGCAUCAAGAGAAAUGUCACCGUGAGCGAGGAGGAAUUUCAGAAGAUGCUGCUGGAGGUCGUGAAGCAGACGCAGUUUGAAGGAGUGACGGGUCCAGUUUUCUUUCGAAAUGGAGAAAGAAUGAUGUUGAUCGAGCUGAUCCAGUUUCAAGGCAGCAGUGGUGUGUUGGUGGGAGAGUUCAGUACCAACACCCAGCAGCUCAGACUCAUGAACCACCUGCUGAAAUUUAAAGGUUCAGGACCAGCUAAAGACCAAACUGAGGUGCGUCUGCAGCAGCGUCUUGUCAGCCUCCUUCUGUACAGUAUUGUGUCAUCAGUCGCCACGGUAACCAUCAUCAUCACUCUGACCAUCCUGUGCUUCAUCAUCAUCAACCGCAAACACUGGCUGCUGAGAGCGAGCGGUGGAUCCCAGGAUGAGCUACUGCUGCUGGGCGUCCUGCUCUCGUCUGCCUCCGUCCUGAUCUCCGGUCUGGAUGAAGCCUUGCUGUCUGACGGGACGCUUGAGCUCCUCUGCUCUGUUCGUCUGUGGAUUCUGUCAGUGGGACACACUGUGGGCUUCUCUGUGCUGUUCAUCAAGACAUGGAGGGUUUAUUCACUCUGCAGCAUCAACCAGAAGCAGCAGAGCAGCCUGCAGCCAGCAGGCCGUGUGCUGCUGUGGAUGUUCCUGCUGGAUGUGUUUGUUUUAACCUCCUGGCAAAUCCUGGAUCCCCUCAGACGGGUGGUGAUGCAGCACAGAUUAGAGAGUGACCCUGCUGAUCAAGACGUGAUCAUCCAGCCGUACUCUGAACACUGCAGCAGCAUCAACAUGGAGCUGUGGCUCACUGCUGUCUAUGGAUACAAAGGACCCCUGCUGGGUCUCGGAUGUUUCCUGGCUUGGAGCAUCAGGACUGUGCAGGUUGAUCAUCCUGCAGUUCACAGUAAACACUUGACGCUGAGUAUGUUUACUCUGACGGUGUUCAGUGUGUUGGGAGUCUCAGGAUCACUGCUGACGUCCCACAAUCCUCCUGUUCAGUUCUGUCUGAGCAGUGCACUCAUCCUCGGCUGUAACAUCUUCAUCCUGAGCCUGCUGUUUGGAACGAAGUUUUUAUACUUGUGGUCGAACAGCAGCGAGCUGCAGAGUGAAGCUGCAGAGGAAGGAGCUGAAGAGCAGCUGAGGAGGUUAAACCAGCAGCUGAAGAGUCGAACUACACAGCUUGAUGUAGAAAUAGAAACCAUCACCAUGCAACUUUCUGAGACUUCAGAGUCUGAGAUGCUUCAUCACACAACAAGAGAGAAAAACAACGGUGAGGUCAGAUCUGUGACUCAUGCAGCUCAGGUGUUUGCUGAGGAUGAAAACUCAGAGAGAAAACCUUCAAGUCCAGACGAUGUCAACUCUCCAGAACAUGUGCGACGCCGUCUGUCCGUACAGCUGCCGAUCCUCCAUCACUCCUACCUGCCUGCCAUCGGCGGCAUCAGCGCCAGCAGCUCCAGUCUGUUCAGCAGUAGAGAGGCCUUCGUUCACCACGACGCACUGAUGACAACUUCCUGUAAACCUGACAACACACACCUGGAGCCACAGCUUUGACCUUCAUCUGAGAUCACCUGUUCUGAAACAGAGGAUGUUGGCCUUGAAUGUAUUUUAAUAUAUAUUAUUAAAUAUGGAAAUAAAUGUUGGACCAUAUACAGUAGUAAACUUUCCCACCAAACUGCCAUUAAGAUGUUGACUCUUUGUGAUUUUAAUCUAACACUGUCUGUUACCAAUUGUUAACUUGAUUCAUGUGAAAAAUAAGAAUUGAAAAUAUGGAAGAAGACUUUUUUGCUAUUAAAAUGUUUUUAAAUCAA